AAUUUUAUGUUAAAUAUAUAAUCCAAAUUAGUAGUAUAAGCUGAUAGACAUUCCAAUAUUUUAUCAUAUUAUUAAAGAAUAGAAUCUUCAUAUCUUAAACAAAUGUCUACAUAACUGCAGAUAGCUACAUUUAUUUUUAUCAUCCUUUAAGUUGUGGAAAAAAGUAGUGACCUUGACCUGGCCUUUAUGCGAAUACAAGAUGGCCAAUUUGAUUAAACUGAUACAAUAAUUUGGUGAUAUGAUCUGUUUAACCGUGUCAAAAUUUUAUGAAUUUCUUAAUAUAAGAAGUAUGUUUGAUAAUGAGAAGACUCCUUCCUUAACAAGACACCUAAAUCGCCUUAAACAUAUUCUCAUUGCUCCUGUAAAUUGUUUCCCUUACAUCUGAUCAUGAACUGCAAAGUUUAAUUUGUUGAACAAGAAAGCUUAUGCAUAAAAUUUCAGUUUGUUAACAAAGCUAAAUAUAUAGCAAAUGGUUUUAUUAAGGAAGAAAAAUACAUUGCACAUGCAUUUACAAUCAUGUUUUGGUACCCAUUAGUGAUUAGUCUUUUAGUGCAUCAGUCAGUCUAUAUCACUUAAUAUAAUAGGAGCACAUUUUUCUCUUCACUAGAUCAUGUUGUUGGCUCUAACAUUACUCUAAAAGAGUAGUUGUAGAUAAAGGGCGUGCAUUAACAGUGUACUACAUGUAAGUUAUUUGUUAAAUGCCAUUGCAGGUUUGAGUGUUGUUCAAAGCAUAUUUUUUCCCUUUUACAGUCCGUAAGCAUUGUUACGAAUACUGUUUUCCUCAUUUCAAAAGAAAUGGGCGUGUCUUAUUUAACAAUUGACAUUCGAUACAAAGUGUAGGACACUCCAUUCAAACGAAAACUUUUACCAGUUCAAUGCGCUUUAUUGUAGUACCUCUCCUUAGGUCUAUUAUUAUUUAUUAUAGGUUUGUUGCAGAUCAACUACGGAAAUAUAUCGGGUUGAUCAAUCAUAUACACGGCAAGGCAAAGAUAAAACGUUUAUGAGAUUGAUCAACCUGAUAUAUUUCCAUAGUCAAUUAGUAACAAACCCAAAUUAAGUGUUUUGUUUUCCGGAGGACUAUCGUGUAAAAUUUUUUUCAAAAGAAUGGAUGAUCUUCAAAAAAUACAUGACCGUAAAAGUGGCCUUACAUCUUGUCCAAUUUAACAAGGUUGAUUAACCCUUUAAAAUCUAAUUCUCACCUUUCAAAUAUAGUAAUUGAAAAUCUUCGUUGCACCCUUGUUCACUUAUAAUGUUUGUUGCUCUUAAUUUUAAACGCUUCUCCCUUACAAUGUAUCUCUGCAGAGGUUUGACGCUGUUACUUUAUUCUGCUCGACACAACGUGACUUCUAUUCAAGGGCAAACUUCUCUAAUUUUAAUGUACUUUCAAGAGGCAACUACUUCAACUUACGGAACGCAGUUUAUAUUUUAAAUGUUUUGUAAUGUCGACAUGAGUUGGCGAAGCGUCGGCAAUAUUGCUGAAUAUUAGCCAGACUGACAUAGAAAUAUAUCUGACAGUCACGUGUCAUAUUUGAACCAAUCAAAGUGUGACACUUUAGUUUAAGGGAAAACAACUGAAGUUUUAUGGUACAUCUAUUAUAAAAUUAAGUUAAAGUGUCGAGUAUGGGACUGCCUUAUAAGAUAUUAAGCUACACGGGUUCAUCAAAUAUUGUCAGCUAUAGAAGACUCGAGUGUGUAGUAAUCUGGAAGGGUUCUGUUUGUAUAUGAAUUUUUCUUAAGAAGCAUUAAAAACUACACGAAUUUUGUGCAGAGUUGGAUUUGCUGGUGCAUCUUCCCCGCUAUAUUUUGACCGAAUUUUCCCUCCGUCUUCGACUUUUUUCUAUACCAUGGCUGAAAAAAAGAAAAGUGAAUGUACUUUGACAUACUGUGAUAUCAUGAAGAAUAAACAUUGGAGAGCUGCAUUGUUUGACUGGCAAUUUGGGGGUAGAGAUGAAUCCGAAAGACCUGCACUUAUACAAGAAAGACAGUGCUUUAAUAAGAUGGUGAAGAAACUUAAUUUUGAAGUUUAUGGUAGUGUUAAAGAAACAAGGAGUUUAUCAAAGACAAACUUUUUAAAGGAACUAAAGAGAUUUAAGGAGAUGUGUGUAUCAGAGCCUUGUGGGUGCAUCUUUCUGACCAUUUCUGCACACGGAACCUUUGUAAAAGCAGACGACCAAAGAGAUGGCGGAGACUUAGAAUUUGUUGAGGAUUGCAUCAGUAUACCCAAGAACGAAAUAGUCCCAAUACAAGAAAUAAUUGAAGUGUUCAGAGAUGAGACUUUGAAUAAAAUUCCAAAAAUAUUUUUUAUACAGGCAUGCAGAGGUAAAGAAUUAGAUAAAGGUCAUCCUUUGGAUGGCAAUAAAAACGUUGGUCAAGAUCAGAACGAUGAUGAACCCAACAGAGCACACUCAACUCCAUAUUUGGAAAACAGUGUCAUAGUGUACUCCACUCCGUUUGGCUAUUCUGCUGGAUCAAGCAAUAAAAAAGGAAGUCAUGUAUGGGAAGUUCUGAAAAAUACACUUGACGAAAUCCUAAAACAGGGAGAUGGAAAGGGACCGGUGAAACUUCUGUCUUGGUUGAAGGAAACAAACGGGGUUCUUGCCAAAUCCGAACGAGACAUUAAUGAUGGAAGGAAGGAGAUUUCAUACAAACCUCUCCUCAGCAUCUGUCACACAUUGACAAGGGAAAUCCUUUUUGCAAUAGAUGAGGACCCUGUGCAAAUGUCACAAUCUGGACAUUGUUAACUCAUUUAUUCAAAAUUGUAAGCUAGUUACAAACUCAAAUAUUAAAUGAUUGCGAUGCCUUGUUAGAUCUCUAAAUCCUAAAUAGGUUUCAUACACACUGGUCAACUAUUUAGCGAAUGAACAUUUUUAUCUAGGUUUACUUUUUCUAUCAAAAAUGUAUGCAUAAUUUACUCAUCAAUUGUUUACAUUUGUCUAUGUGAAGAGAUAAAAGAAGACUGCCAUCAAAAUACGUGUACUUGUAUUUCAAGUUAUGUAAUUUCUUUUACUAGAAAAUUUGUUUCUUCACUUUUGUUGUUUCUGUUCACACUGCGUGUAGAUGAUUUGAUUAGAGUACUGCAUAUAUUUCAUUUGAAAUUUUAAUAUAGAUAUAAUAAAAUGGUAUAUAUCAGAAUAUAAAAGCAGAGCCGUUGAGGUGGUCACAAUCUCAAAAUAAAUUUCUUUAAGUUCUUUAAAAAGGUUUGGUAAUUCAUAAAUCGAACCUUUUAUUACUUUUAAUGAAUUCUAUACUGUGCAUGAAAAAAAACCCAAGUAAAGAAUUUUGAAAUUUCUAAAUACACAGUGUGGGCGGUAAUCAAACAGAGAUUGCGGUGUUCUUUGAACUAAUUUUUAAAAUUGUUAACCAUUGCUGUUCGAUGGUUAACAAUUUAAAAUAUAUGCUAAAAACAGAAAAUUAAUAUUUAAUCGAUUCAGUGUUCGCUUAUUCUGAAUCAUAUGUGUUCAUUGUUCAAGAAUAUGAAAAAAGAUGCAAUAUUCCAGUUGGUCAGGUAUUAGUGUUCUUUCUAUACAAUUGUUCAUUAUUUUGUCAAACCUUUUAGGAAGACUUUUGUAAAUUGUUUGUAUGUACACGUAGCUCUAUUUAGGCUUGUUGGUUUUGUUAAGAGAGAUGGAUGGUCAUGGCAAUUUUUAGGACAUAUUUACCUCAUUUAGAAAAAGAGCUCUGUAUAAAAGAUAUAAGAAAAUGUUAAAAUUUUAAAACUAAAAUGUUUGGAAUUAAUGAUAGUUUAUGGCCAAACAUAUCAUAUUUAAAAUUUUACGGCAGAUCUGACGGUUGUUUUGUUGACCAUCCAGUCCCCUUUAAAUGUACUCGGUGUAUAUGACUACAAGUAUAACAGCAAUAAAUUGUAUAUAUUUUUA